GUGUGUGCGCGCAAAAAGAAUAGAGAAAGCAAAGCAUCCCGAAGGAGUGGCACACAAAGUGUUUGCAUAACUUAAUAAUUAUUCGACAUGAUGAUUUCAGACAGUCAGAAAAAAGGACUGCGGGAGUUACUUCUAAAUGACAAUAACUUAACUGUCCUGCUACAGUUGGCCAAAUGCGCCACCAAAAAUGUGUGCAAAACCGAAGACCCGGAGGAAGCCCUUCGUCUGAUCACUACACACAUUCCAGACAUUUACGUACUGCUUUCCAAGCGCGCUAUAACGAAGGAACUCCUCUUUACGUAUUUGAGCAAUCGACGCGCUGACGCAGCCACAGACUUUAGCAAGGCAGACCUCAUAGAAAAGGUUAUACAGUAUUGGAAGCAGGAGCAUCAAUCAAGCAUAGAGCUUUCCGGAGACCAGACAUCCAGCUCACUUCAUAAUCAGAGCGAAGAGGAUUAUCCCAUUAACAAGAUUGCGCGCAAGUUCGGCGAGUGGUUCUUCGAACGCUUCAACGCAGACGCCCUCAGUCUGGUGGAUUUGUGGGCAGAUGCGACCCUACAUCUCACGAUCAGAGCCAGUGAUGGAAUCAAUGAGUGGGAGUGUACGACGGCUGCCGAGGUGUUAUCGGCAGAACAGAACAUCUAA